AUGCGGUCGCGCCUGGUCUCUUGGACGGCGGCGUGGGGCGGCUGCGCCUUCCUGGCGGUGAGUGGCGCUUUCGCUUUCGAUUCGGGAGGGAGGGCGCCGCGCCCACCCAUGCCCUCCCUCCCAGUUAGAGAUCCCCGGGCGAGGGGCGGGCAGGCGGGAGCCCAUCCCGGGGAAAAUCCCCCCGCGCCGAUCCAGCUCCAGUUCCUCUUUCGGCGCCUGGGAAUCCCCCUCGUCCCGGAGCUGCUGCCUCGCCCUUAUCCGGGGAGGGGGGGGGUCCUCACUCUAGUUGUGACUUGAUCGAUUUACCAAAGCGAUCCCCAACCUAGCGGCUUCGCAGGUCUCACCAACCUAGAUCCCCAAAGUAAACCGGCGCGCCCUCCGGGGCCCCCUCUCGCUCCUUUGGCCACUGGGGGGGCGGAUCUGGACUUCACGGCCCUCGUCUUCUCCCGGCCGGCAUUCCUGCAUCGCAGGGGGUUCGACUAGAUGAGCCUUGGGGGUCCCUUCCGACUGCCAUUCCCGAACUUGACGGCCCCUUUGGACGGAGCAGUGCCAAGCCGCGUCCUUGGAGGACGGGGAGGGUCGCCUUCCUCCGGCUCCUUCCGUCCGGGGAGGCGGGACCGCUGCCCGCCCCCCAAGCGCGCCGCUCUGGGGACCCGAGAGAGAGAGAGAGAGCGACCCUGCCGGGAGCCAGGCUUUCCUUUCCCCGGGAAAAGGGAGCCCCGGUGGCUCAGCCUUCCGGCAGGUUCCCUUUGACUCCCCUGCAGCUUGGACGGUGGCGGGGGGGGGGGGCGGGCUGCCCCCUUGUGGGUCUCUCUGGGCGGAUGGAAACCGGAUCCCAAAGGGUGGGCUAAGAGGCGGCCGGAUCCCGCAUCUCUCGGGGGCGCAGAGGUUUCCAAGGCGAGCGGCGCCCAGAUGCGCUUUGACGCGCGCUUUGCUCCUCGCGCCGGAGAGAAAGCCUUGCGUGCCGCUUGGAUUGUGGCUUUGGGGGAGCUGCGGGGGGGGGGAUGAGGAUGAUGAAGAUGGGGCUGUGACUAACCCUCCUCCUCCUGCGGUGCAGUGCCUGGCGUUGGAGCUGCGGGGCCCGAGCUGCUCCGUCACCGAGUACCAGGAAGGGGGACGGUGCUGCCAGAAAUGUGGUCCAGGUAAUAAGCUGUGCGGACGCGACUCUGGCUUUUCCUCUUGGGGCUCCUCCGACCCCCCCCCCAUCCUGCCCAAGAGCCCCUCAGGGCUGGGGGGGGGGCUUCUCACGGGAGGCGGGCAAAGGGACGGUGUCGACAGCACGGUUUCUUUAUUAAGUGACAUGCCGCUUAUGUGCUUUGUAACGGCUUUGAAGCGCUUUGCGCUGAUGAAAUCAACGGGGAAAGCCGCACUGUAAUUAAAGCACACAAUCGUGAUUCUUUCACGGCAUUAAAAACCCCUUAAUUAAAAGACACAGCUAAAUCAGCCAAUUAAAAGGCUUUCCAAUUAAAACAGUUGAUACAGUUAAGAUUAGACGUUUGAGCUGAGGGGGAUGUUUAUACCUAUUUAUUGCGUUUCCAUCCCUGUUUUCUUCAAGGGGGUCUGCUUGGUUCUCCCCCCCCACUCCAUCUCAUUUAAUCCUCAGAACAGCCCUGUGAGGUAGGCUAGGCUGAGAGGCAGGGACUGGUCCCCAAGAUCUUCAUGGCUGAGUGAGGAUUUGAACCCUGAUCUCCCAGGUCCAGCGCUCUAACCACUGUGCCACACUCUCUUGAAUACAAAUGACUCUCUGAAAAUCAGAGUUGCAUAGAUAGCCCAUCUGGGCAGAUUCCAUCCACUAAAAGCACUUUUCCUCACAACCUUUGAGCCAGUUGGGGAUCACAGAGUAGGAAGGGACCCCAAGGGCAAUGUCUCUGGAAAUAAAACUGCCCCAGUCCAAAACCUCCCCCCCCCCAGGCCCUCCUCUUGUCUCUCCAGCAACACACCUGGGCCAUUCAGGACCAGAGGAAGGUGGGGACCCCUUUGGGCUGCUUGGGCCAGAUCCUUCUGGGCAGGGUUGUCCAACUGUCAGUCAUACGAUGUCACUAUGAUGUCAUAAUUUACAGGUGGGUUAUCCCGCCCACCUGUCCAAACUCCUUGCGGAGCUGGAGGAAACCCCAGGAAGAAUCCUGUGGAAGAAUCCUAAGGAGCUUGAGGUGACAUACAUGGCUCCCCCCCCCCCGUUAAUCCCCACAACAACCCUGUGAGGCUGAGAGAGAGGGGCGGUGACCAGCCCCCAAGCCCCCCCCCCCAUUGAGUUUCAUGGCUGAUCGGAGAUUUGAGCCCUGGUCCAUCCCCAGGUCUUAGCCCAGCACUCUAGCCACUGAGCCACACUGCCUCUUAAGAUGCAGCAGUAAAAGGGGGGAGGCGAUGAGGGAGAGAAAGAAGCUUCACUUGCCCCUUCAUUCUCUCCCCUCAACCGCUGUGUCUGCUGGGUGUGUGUGUGGGAAGGACGGCCAAGCCCACCUGGGCUGCCCCCCCUUUCAACCUCUGAGGACCGGAAGGAUCAGGGCAGCUCUGGGAGGGAGGAGCGGGUGCCAAGGGAUGGAAAUGGGGCCCCCUCCUUGCGCAAGGGGCGGGGGGCAUGGGGGAAUGCCUUGUUCCGGGAAAGGAGCCCUCAGGACCCGAUUCUCCCUUGGGACACCCAUCCUUCUCAGUCUGAUGCCAUCUCUAGGGCUGCUCAGGAUUUCUCCACCCUAGGAAGAGCCUGUUGCUGGAUCCGACCAAAGGCCCACCUAGUCCAGCCUCCUGCUCUCCCCGUGGCCGACCAGAUGCCCGUAGUGGGGAUUCAACACAAGAGCAACUCUUCCCCUCCUGUGGUUUCCAGCAACUGGGAUUUCAUUUUCAUUUUCACUUUUAAUUUGUGUAUCCCCUUCCUAUAUUACUGUACACAAAGCAGUUUCCAGCCUCAAAAUAUACAACACACACCUACAGUGAUGGCCAAACUUGGCCCUCCAGCUGCUUUGGGACUACAACUCCCAUCAUCCCUGACACCACUGGUCCUGUUAGCUAGGGAUGAUGGGAGUUGUAGUCCCAAGCAGCUGGAGGCCCAAGUUUGGCCAUAAUAAACUAAUCCAAUAUAAACAGUCAUUGUCAAACAUAACUUUGAAAUGUUUAUUUGAAAUCAAAUAAAGUAAUAUUCAAUAAUCUAUUAGAAUAUGAUAGUACACAAUAAAAUUAACACUCAGAAGCUCAGCAAAUGAUAACAGAAAUUCACUCUUAAUAAUUACAAUAACUACUUACUAAACGAUGAUCAAUGAAAAUAACUACAAUUUACGGUGCAUAAAAUACCACAAUAUAUACAAAAUAAUGUGAAAGGAUGAAAUCGAGAAACAAAGACACACAACUUCUAACACUACUUUUUCCUGUGGGAGGGAGUUCCAUAGGCCAACUGCACCGCUCCUGCGUCCUGAAUCUCCCAGGAAGGUGGACUUUCCAAAGAGUUUCCCCAUACCAAGCAGAUGUUGCUCUGCUGCUGAGCCCUGGCCCCUUCCUGCCCAACCACCCCAGGCCAUGCCAGUCUCCGCUGGAAUCGCAUCUGCCCCCCUCGCAGGCACGGUCCUUUCCCUGCCCAAGGUGCCAGCGCUCACUGGGUCUCCUCGUGUGUUUGCAGGCACCAAGGUGCAGGCGCUCUGCUCCGAGAGCUCAGAGACGCGGUGCGUAGCCUGCGAGGCUCAGCACUUCCAGGCCGGCUGGACCAAGGAGAAGCACUGCGCCCCACAGGCCUAUUGCGACGAGAGUAAGUGGGGGUCCUCUGUGUGUGUCUCCUUCUCCCUUCACCACCGGACAGACUCUGGCCAUGUGCUGCCUCCAGAGGCGGCUCUGCACAGCCCACUAUCAUAUCACGGAGUUGGAGAGCUGGGAAUAAGGCCCAUAUAUUUCGCACCUGACAACCCACGAGCCCCUUUGGUUUCAGAUGGGUAUCCGAAUCUACAAAGCCCAGGGCACAAUUUUUCAUGGCCCUCUAGGGCCUCAUUAGGGACGCGGGUGGUGCUGUGGGUUAAACCACAGAGCCUAGGACUUGCUGAUCAGAAGGUCGGCGGUUCAAAUCCCCACGACGGGGUGAGCUCCCGUUGCUCGGUCCCUGCUCCUGCCAACCUAGCACUUCGAGAGCAUGUCAAAGUGCAAGUAGAUAAACAGGUACCACUCUGGCUGGAAGGUAAACGGCGUUUCCAUGUGCUGCUCUGGUUUGCCAGAAGCGGCUUAGUCCUGCUGGCCACAUGACCCGGAAGCUGUACGCCGGCUCCCUCGGCCAAUAAAGCGAGAUCAGCGCCACAACGCCAGAGUCGGCCACGACUGGACCUAAUGGUCAGGGGUCCCUUUACCUUUACGGCCUCAUUGGCCAGAGGCGUAGAGCAAAAUAUACAUCAGGAAGCUUCGUUUGGUCAGAAUCGAGUCUAUACUUCUGGAGUUAAUAAUAGACUCAUAGAAUCCAUAGGAGCUGGAAGGGGACCCAUGGGUCAUCUAGUCCAACCCCCUGCAAUGCAGGGAUCACCAUUAAGUAUCCAUGACAGAUGGCUAUCCGAUCUCUGCUUAAAAACGUCCGAGGAAGGAGAGCCCACCGCUUCCCCAAGGGAGACUGUUCCGCUGUUGAAACUUUCCGACGGCCAGAAAGUUCUUCCUGAUGUUGAGUCAGAAUCUCCUUCCUUGUAACUUGAAGCCAUGGGUUCGAGUCCUACCCUCUGGAGCGGCAGAAAACAAGCUUGCUUCAUCUUCCAUGGGGCAGCCCUGGAGCUAUUGGAAGGUGGCUCUCAGGUCUCCUCUCAGCCUCCUCUUUCCCAGGCUAUACACACCCAGAUGCUUCAACCGCUCCUCAUCAGGCUGGGUUUCCAAGGCCUUGAUCUCCACCCUCCCCUCUCUCUUCCCUGCUUGCGGGUUUCCCAGACUCUGCAUCUGCUUGGCUGCUGGACUCAGAUGGCAGCUCCAAGGCUCUCCUUCUUCUUCUCUCUCCUCCUCCAGAUGCCGGUUUCUUUGUGUUCACGGAAGGGGACGCCACGCGGAAUGUCAUCUGCCGCUGUCGGACCGGCACCCACUGCUCCAGCCGGGAGUGCCUGACCUGCAGGGUGGACCGAGAGUGCCCAGCGGGCGAAGGCGUCCAGCGCCAAGGUGAGCCAGAAGGAGGAGGAACACGAGGGGCUGCUGGGCUGGGCUCUCUCCCUUGUGUGGUGGAUUUACUCACUCUGCACAUGCUCACAUCCCAGGGAUGAACCGAGCUCAUCCUUUCUAUGAACAGAUACAGAGGCAAGCCCCACAUCCUCUCCCAUGGUAUCCUAUGGGUCCCAUGGAUGCUUUUGUUGCAAUUACAGCAUUUCCGGGGGUUGGACUCGAUGACCUUGGGGGGUCCCUUCCACCUCUGCAAUUCUAGGCUGGGGAUUGUGGGGUGUGCGGAAAUCGACUGGACCUUCCCUGCCGGUGGGAUUUCUCCCCACACCCAGACAGCCCUGGAGGGGUAUUGCUGCAGGAGCUGCAUGGACCCCCCCAGGCCCCCCACCCUGCAGAUAUGAGGGCUACUGGAGCUGGAGCCUGUGGCCCCAGCCCCAGCCGGGAUGCCUCAGGGCCCUGGCAUGUGACGCUGCCUCUCGUGUUCCUUCCAGCCACCCACCUGAACGACACGGUCUGCGUGGCCUGCCCUCCUGGCUCCUUCUCCAACAUCUCUUCUGCCACCGCUCGAUGCCAACCCUGGAGCAGGUGAGAUCAGCGGGACGGGACGGGGGGGGCAGUCGACCUGGAGCCGGUUGGAAGAUGGAUGGCGGCUAACAGAUUGAGGUUGAAUCCCGACAAGACAGAAGUACUUUUUUGGGGGGAUGGGGCGGGCAGGUGUGGAGGACUCCCUGGUCCUGAAUGGGGAAACUGUGCCCCUGAAGGACCAGGUGCGCAGCCUGGGAGUCAUUCUGGACUCACAGCUGUCCAUGGAGGCACAGGUUAAUUCUGUGUCCAGGGCGGCUGUCUACCAGCUCCAUCUGGUAUGCAGGAUGAGACCCUAUCUACCUGCGGACUGUCUGGCCAGAGUGGUGCAUGCUCUAGUUCUCUCCCGCUUGGACUACUGCAAUGCGCUCUACGUGGGGCUACCUUUGAAGGUGACCCAGAAACUGCAAUUAAUCCAGAAUGUGGCAGCUAGACUGGUGACUGGGAGCAGCCGCCAGGACCACAACACCGGUCCUGAGAGAUCUGUAUUGGCUCCCAGUACGUUUCUGAGCACAAUUCAAAGUGUUGGUGCUGACCUUGAAAGCCCUAAAUGGCCUCGGCCCAGACCUGAAGGAGCGUCUCCACCCCCAUCAUUCAGCCCAGACACUGAGGUCCAGCUCCAAGGGCCUUCUGGCAGUUCCCUCAUUGCGAGAAGUGAGGUUACAGGGAACCAGGCAGAGGGCCUUCUCGGUGGUGGCGCCCUCCCUAUGGAAUGCCCUCCCUUCAGACGUGAAGGAAAUAAGCAGCUAUCUUCUCUUUAAAAGACAUCUGAAGGCAGCCCUGUUUAGGGAAGUUUUUAAUAUUUAAUGCUGUAUUGUUUUUAACACUCGAUUGGGAGCCGCCCAGAGUGGCUGGGGAAACUCAGCCAGAUGGGUGGGAUAUAAAUAAUAAAUUAUUAUUAUUAUUAUUAUUAUUAUUAUGCUGGCACAUUGCAGUUGGGCAGGAGAUGCUGGCAGACUCUGCGUGACCGGGUCUUGCUGGGAAAGGAAGUUGCCUGCAUGGCUAACCGUGCGGUUCAUGCAAAUGUGUGCAGCUGAGCCCAGGUGCCAGUUUAAGAAAAGCAGCUCUGCGUGUGGGGUGGGGUGGGGAUUUGGAGUCAAGCUGCUUAUCUGCAUCUCUGGGGCAGGGGGGCCUCCACGUGCCGCUGCUUCUCUCUUCCAAACCGAAACGGGGGCUUGCGCACACUUGCGCGCCUGCCAGGGCUUUGCCUGUGAAAUGCUCAUGUGAUGCAAACCCUUCUUAAGAGUCUGCCUCUGUCUCCGCAGCUGCGAGGCCGGAAAGAUGGUGCGGCUGGCAAAUGGGACCCACAGUUCGGAUGUGGUUUGCGGUGAGUGAGCUCCCAGCCAGAGGUGUGGGCUUGGUGGGGACUGCCAGAAGGGCUGGUGCCUUGGGCACGUGGAGGGCGACUUUCUCUUCAGCUUGGAAGGUACUGUGUCCAGGUCUGGAUGUGGGCAAACUGGGUGGGUCUGGAAACCAAGCCUGAUGAGGAACUGUUGAGGGAGCUGAGUAUAGGUAGCUAAACUUUAUUCGCAUUAGCCAACGGCCAUGGCAACAUAAAACAAGCAAUAUAUACAAAUAAGGUAAAGGUAAAGGGACCCCUGACCAUUAGCUCCAGUCGUGGCCGACUCUGGGGUUGCAGCGCUCAUCUCGCUUUACUGGCUGAGGGAACCGGCGUACAGCUUCCGGGUCAUGUGGCCAGCAGGACUAAGCCACUUCUGGAGAACCAGAGCAGCUCAUUGAAACGCUGUUUACCUUCCCGCCGGAGCGGUACCUAUUUAUCUACUUGCACUUUGAGGUGCUUUCGAACUGCUAGGUUGGCAGGAGCAGGGACCGGGCAACGGGAGCUCACCCCAUCGCGGGGAUUCGAACCACCGACCUUCUGAUCAGCAAGUCCUAGGCUCUGUGGUUUAACCCACAGCGCCACCCGUGUCCCUAUAUAUAUAUAUAUAUAUACAAUACACACACACACACACACACACACACACACACACACACACAUAGCAAUGAGUAAAAAGGGCAAUGAAAUGACCAAGAUUAUCGUUCAGAUAGUGGCCCUUAAUCUCAUUGCACCCUCGAUCAACCUCGCACCCUUUGCUGUUGUCUGAUCAUUUUGAUCUGAUAAAAUAAAGAACAAUGUGGCCUGGGAUGGGCGGCCUGGGAUGGGCGGCCUGGGAUGGGCGGCCUGGGAUGGUAAGUAUGGAGCUGGGUAUGUUCAGCCUGGAAAAGAAGAGACUCGGAGGAGAUGUGAGAGCCAUCGUCAAAUAUCUCCAGGGCUGCCACAUGGAAGAGGGAGCAUGCUUGUUUUCUCCUGCCCUGGAGGGUAGAAUCCAAGCUAAUGGCUUCAAGUUACAAGAAAGGAGAUUCCAGCUGAACAUCAGGAAGAACUUUCUGAUCACAAGAGCUCUUGGAUAGUGGGGUGGUCUCCCCUGCGAGGUGGUGGGCUCCCCUUCCUUAGAGGUUUUUGAGCAGAGGUUGGAGGGCCGCCUGCCAAGGAUUCUUCAGCUGCCAUUCCUGUAUUGCAGGGGGUUGGGCUGGAUGACCCUUAGGGUCCCUUCCAGCUCUCCAAGUCCAUGAAGGGAGGUCUUGCUGAGGAAAUACCUUCUCCUUUUGUCAGCUGUGACAUUGGGGGGGGGGCAGGAACACUCUUGCCUGGCUUCCAGUUCUUAUCCAGAAUGGCCUGGAGGUGGCAGGGGAGGACUGCUGGCAGGGCCUGCUCCGCGCAGCCCCCUCGGAAGGAAUGAAGAAGCUGUGUCCGGCUGUUCUUGUGUUUUGAGGCUGUGCUGAACAAGGAGGCCAAAAAAAUUAGCCCAGAAAGUGUAGAAGUGAAGCUGGCAGAUGGAGUUGUUUGGAGCAGGGGCUGCAGCAGAUCUGGAGGGGGGCCUCAUCCUGCUCAGUUGCUGCUGAGCAUCAAAGAGGCUUCUUCCUGUGCUUUCACUGGCUCUUACGGUGUUUGUUUACUGCAUUCAGACCCCCCCUUCCAAUUAAACCCCCACAACAACCCUUUGAGGGAGGUUAGGCUGAGAGGCAGGGACUGGCCCCCAAAGGCCACUCAGUGAGCUUCCGGGCCAAGUGUUAGGAUUUGAACCCUGGUCUCCCAGGUCCUGGUCUGAUGCUCUAACCACUGCACCACACUCUUCUUAUCCUUUCUUCCAUUUCUGUUCUUUCCCCCAAAGGGGCCCGGGGCCAGUCCAGCCUACCUCACAGGGUUGUUGUCAGAAUUCAACGGGGAGAGGGAGACCCACGCACAGCCCCCCUUGAAAGGUGGCCUUAAAUGUAAUAAAGAAAGAAAGAAAAACAAGAGACCUGCCCGCCCACACGGUCCGGCUGCAUCAACUGAGACGGAUCCCGUGAGCCAGGAUUCGCUGGUGCUUCAGGGAUCUCCCAGUGAGCCUGGGGCAUCAAGCGGGGCAGGAUCUGCCCCUCCCAGGGCUUCCCAAAUCUCCCUCUGCAGGCUGCGCAGUGGCCUCCCAUUAAAAACGCGACGCUGAUCCAGACCAGCCGCUUUAUUUUUAACUCCGCAGCGUUCUAAAAAUAAGGUGUUUUUCCUUCGAGAAAAAAGCCACCCUUCACAAUAACUCUUUAAAUGGCUGCCUUGAAGAAACCUUUAGCGAAAGCUAAAUUUGUUUUGGUUUAACUUGGCUUGACGCCUUGCUGAUCGCCCAGCGCCUAAUUGUCUUCCUUCGCAGUCGGGCACAAAGAGGAGGUCAGUGCGGAAGACCCAGAAGUAUUUAAGGGCUGUUUGUUCCAUGGCUGCGCCCACUGAAGACAUCCAAGCUGGGGGCAGCGAGGGGGGGAGUGGGGGGGUGAGGGAUUAGUCCCAGAGGAUUCCUGCGCUGGGGGGGGGGAAUUGCAGGGGGUUGGUCUAGAUGGCCCUUGGGGGUCCCUUCCAAGGCUGUGAUUCUGCCCGCAGGGGUAUGCCCUGGUUGCCCUGGCGCUGGGGGGUUUCAUGUGGCUCCUUUCCUGCACCCUCCCACAGGUGUCCUGCCCACACAGCCCCCUCAGGAAGAAGCCAGAAGGACCCACCUGCUGCUGGUAGUUCCCCUGGUGGCCAUCCUUGGGCUGCUGGCGGGGGCCCUGUUCCUCCUCCACCGCCAUUGGCGGCGCCAGGGUGAGUCGCUGGACGGGGGGUUGGUGCUUGGGAGGGGGUCUGAAGGGGGGGAGUUCCUGGUGCCAGGGCCAGAUUUAGGUUUGAUGCGGCCCUCAGCUCCUGAAGUUAAUGGGGCCCUUUCUAUGUCCGGCUGUCCACAACAAAUGGUCACUGUUUUUUGCAUUGAAUAGACGCUAUAUGGUCAUUUGUGGACCUCAUAGGUAUCUCAAGCCAUUUGCACAUCACAAAAUAUGUGUUGCAUCAAAGUAAUUGUUGAACUGAAAUACAGUGAAGAACCCGUGAUAUUUGAGGGAGCAGGCUAAGAGCAGUUUCAGGUUAAGAACGGAUCUCCGGAACGAAUUAAGUUCGUAACUAGAGGUCCCACUGUAAAAUAAAACCUACAUACAGCAACAGUGUUUGUUUUGUGUUGUGUAGGUCUGCCUGCCUCUCAGGGCCCCCUAACAGUGGGAUCCCGUAACAGAAAGGGGGGGUGCUUUCCUUUCCAACUCUUUGGGGUGAGCUCCCUUCUCCCAGGUGCCUGUCGCUGCCCUUCCCCUGAGGGUUGUAGUGUCCCCCCCCCCAAAAAAAACCAGCCAGGGGUCUCCCUAUCCAGCCUUGACUGUUUCCCUUUCUCCUGCCUAGAUCUCUGGAAGCCUCCCCUGAAUCAGGUAUGUGUGUCUGAGAGUGAGCAAAAGGGCCUUUGGGGAGGGGGCUUCUGCUGCUGUUGGCAGCAGGCGGGAGGCCCUGGUCCCGGAUGCUGCUGCAUGUCCCUGCCUGCUGAACCUGCCCCCCCUCUCCCUGCCUCUCUCUUCGCAGCCAGAGGCCGCCUUGGUCCACGAGAGGCCGCAACCUGAGGAGGUAGAGGACCCUGCCUUGCCCGUUCAGGAGACGCUGCUUGGGGGCCAGCCUGUGGCCCAGGAAGAUGGCAAGGAGAGCCGCCUCGCUGAGCAGGAGCAGACCUGA